GUGAAUUUUUACAAAGGAAAUAAUUUCAAUAUCUCUAAUGAAGGAAUUCUACAAUCUAGACAUUUUACUCUCAGAGAUGUUUAUCGCAACUACUCAUUUUCAAAAGAACUUUGUUUAAGAUGUGAAUGUAUUGAAGAACUUCCGCCGCCAGAAAAUAUAUGUUCAAAAUGUUUCUGUGUUCAUUCGAAACAUGUUCGUCACACCGACAGAUCUGGUAAUAAUAUUGAGGAAUUAAUGCAUAAUGAAACACCUGUGUAGUUUGAUGCAAUCAGUGAAAACGUUGAAUAAUUAGAAACUGG